CCGGCGUGCGUACGCCUCCUCUUGCGCUCUCAUCUUAAUGGCGGGCGGCGGCUGCUGAGUGGGACGUAGAUAACCGCUGCCGGCACAGGGAAAGUCUCCCUGCCUUCCCCUUUCCACUCGCAGCUAGCGCCGGAGCUCGCCAGCAUGUCCGUGGUGCCGCCCAAUCGUUCGCAGACUGGUUGGCCCCGGGGGGUCAACCAAUUCGGCAACAAGUACAUCCAGCAGACCAAGCCCCUCACCCUGGAGCGUACCAUCAACCUGUACCCUCUUACCAAUUAUACUUUUGGUACAAAAGAGCCCCUCUAUGAGAAGGACAGCUCUGUUGCAGCCAGAUUUCAGCGUAUGAGGGAGGAAUUUGAUAAAAUUGGCAUGAGAAGGACUGUAGAAGGGGUUCUGAUUGUCCAUGAGCACCGACUACCCCAUGUGUUACUGCUACAGCUGGGAACAACUUUCUUCAAAUUACCUGGUGGUGAACUUAACCCUGGAGAAGAUGAAGUUGAAGGACUAAAACGCUUAAUGACAGAGAUACUGGGUCGUCAAGAUGGAGUCCUGCAAGACUGGGUCAUUGAUGACUGCAUUGGUAACUGGUGGAGACCAAAUUUUGAACCUCCUCAGUAUCCAUAUAUUCCUGCACAUAUUACAAAACCUAAGGAACAUAAGAAGUUGUUUUUGGUUCAACUUCAAGAGAAAGCCUUAUUUGCAGUUCCUAAAAAUUACAAGCUAGUAGCUGCACCACUGUUUGAACUGUAUGACAAUGCGCCUGGAUAUGGACCCAUCAUUUCUAGUCUCCCUCAGCUUUUGAGCAGGUUCAAUUUUAUAUACAACUGAAUUCCUGUGCAACGGAGAAGAAAGAGAAACCAUCUCUGUGAGCACAGCUAUACACAGUGUAGAAUAAACAUGCUAGGAAGGUUUUUUUGGUUUUAUCUCUUUCCCAGUCCCAAAAUUGCCACCUACUUUUUGUUGUUUGAAUAGUAAAGUUAAUAUGGAAAACUAAAUUGUGGUAUAAACAAAUGUGAUGAUGUUUAAUUUACUUUUGGUUUUACUCAUACUUUUUUUGUACAACAUUAAAGAAAGUAGACUUCUUUCUAUUUGUUUUUUUGUUGUUGUUUUGUUUUUUAGUUUCACAUUAAAUUUGUGAAAUUCUUACAGGUGAGGAUCUUACCCCACCCUCUCCCGCCACUGAACAUUAAGAGACAAUGGCAGGUCAAGUUUAUGGGACCCUUGCUCUGAUACCACUCUUGGGGGUAUACUCCAAGACUAUUAUAGAUCUUUGUGCUGAGGAUCUUCUGGGAACUAGAGUUUCUUGAUUUGAGUCUGAGGUGCAAUUCCUGUACCAAAUUUUAUACUCAUGAUGAGUUAUAUUACAGCAGAACUCCCAGUAUAUUGCUGACUGGUACAUUUCAUACCAGUACAGCUAGACCUUAGUUCACAAACAAUGGACCUUAAUUAAGUAUAUGGGAAGCUAUUAAAAUUGUCUGGGUCAGGGAAAGUCAUGGGAAUUGGUAUAAAAAGAGACUGAUCAGUACUCAUUUAGAGUUUUUCCCCCUACAUAAUGGGGGUAUUCAUUAUUUGUGCUGUUGUGAAAUUGUUUUAGACAUUCUUAGGGCUAUGGUAAAAUGGUGAUUUGUGAAGGAAGGUUCUAAAAGUGGGUCUGUUAAUAUUUUGAACUCUUAGAUUGUAAAGUUAUUUCAAUUAAUGUGAAGUUGUAUCCAUAGAGAUGAGAAUUUGGUUUUAACAGUGACACAAAGCCUUUUCAUAAAAUAUUUUGGAAUGAACUGAAUCAGAAUUAGAUUUUGUCAGUCUAAGAGAACAGUACCAAAUUUUGAAAACUUUUAAAAACAUUGCUAAAUUAGGAUCAAAUUUGAGGGAAUAAAAAAAAUCUUAGAGCAAAGGGAUUUACUGGCUGUGUUAUUGCUUAAUGGUCAAAGUAUAUUGUGUAUGCCUUACUACAAACUGUUGACUGUAGGUUAAGUAAUGGAAAUCUUAUACAGCUACUUAAAAGAGAUUGAUAAAGUUAUGUUUUUAAUAGACAGAAAUGAACUUUUGAUUAUUUGUACAUCUUUAUGGUACUGAUCACAGGGCUGUUCUGAAUAUUGGGUGAUGUGAAAGAUAACAUCAUAUAUUCUUCCAUACUCAGACUUGAGAAAAGUAGACCAAGAGCACCUGAGCAAUUACAUUUAUAAACAUUCAAGUUUAUUUAGUUGAGGUCCUGUCAAACCUUCACACAGUUGUGUAUCAAGUAGUGACUUAGUAGUAGGUGAGCACCAGUCUCAGACCAAAAAUGACCAGUGGUUUCCUUUGAAAAAGGCACUAGUUCUGUGGAUAGUCCUUCUCCUUCAGGGGCUAACAGUCCUGUCCCUCUAGUUUAUAUUAGCAUGUUUCAAACUUACUGUAAUUUUAUUGUGGGCUCACUGAUGAGUUGUACAAGAUUAGGGAAUGCAGAGAUGGAGAUGGCUCGAUCCAGCUGACCUUCCAUGAUUCCUUCCGGCAUCCAAGUGAAAAGCUGCUGUGACUACUUUCAGGUGUGUUAGCUCUUGUCAUCUGGCGAGGCUGGGGAGAGGUGGACUUUUUCUUGGUGUGAUUUAUAAAGUGCUAUCAGUAAGGAGUGUUUGAGUUGAAGAGUCAUCUGAUUCGAGGCCACUCGUGUCCUUUUGUAACUUAAGCUUUGACCUAGAAAUUCUUUUUUGAUCAUUACUUCCCAAUAUUAAGUGCUUCAGUUAGUCAUCCAUACCCUGGGGCUUAGGUGAGAAAAACACUAAGUUGACUGAGUUACUAACUUUGGAAUAUAAGAGAUCUGGUUUUGAAUGUAAAAUCCAUAACAAAUUUUUAAAACUGAUUUUGAACUGGUCAGUUAUAGUUGUAUCCCAAUACUCUCGUUUGGUUUCCUGAUGAAAAUAGUAGAACUAGGGGAGUUCAAAUCUGAUGUGUUCCUACAGCAUUAGAAGAGUGUACAAGGGUACUGUUUAACACUAAGCUCUUUUGAUGUGUAAGUUCUUACCACACUUCUCCAAAAACAGUCUUAAAUUGUGCAUUCCAGUUCUCUGCAUAAUAAAUACUGACUAAUUUUUAAAUGA